ACUCCUCCUGCGCUACUGAAGGGUUCCUCCGAAGCCUGUGGUCACAAGCUGCCGCUUCCUGGGAAGCCCAAGCCAAGACCAGGGACAGCGACGGGCCGAGAGGAGCGCACGGGGGUGGGGGAACCGCCGCUGAGGGUCCGGGACACCGGGGCAGGGCGACGGCGUGAGCAGUACCGAGGGGUCCAAGGCCGGGACCUUCUGGCCGGACCCCAGGUCGGGUGGAGGAGUCUAGUUCGAGGGGAGUAGAGGACAGAGAUCUCACGAGAUGGGUGCUGAGACACCUGGCGGGGAGAGGGGUGUGUCACGGCUAGUCCGGAGUAUUCUAAAGGGCUUGGCGGCAGAAAUCUGAGAUCGAGAGCAGAGGGAAAAAGUAAAGGCGCCAGGUCCGCAGGGUGCGUAAGAGAAGCGGCCAGGGGGCUUGGGGGGGGCCAGAGACCUUGAUGGAGGGGUCCUCGGACAGGUACGUGGCUAGGUCAGGGCAGGGGGCCUCUGCCCGGAGGGACCGGGUGUGUGCAAACGGUCGAGCUGGUGUGGCCUCCACCGCCAAAACAGAAACCGAAAGUGGCGCGGAAGGACCGGGCCUGCAGCGGGUGGAGCCGACAAGGGGCGGAGCCUCCCAACGCGGGCCCCGCCCCCCGAGCCGGUUUAAAAGACUGGUGCAGGGGCGGGCGCGGAGCAGAGCGAGCUGCGGCCGUGGCAGCUGCACGGCUCCCGGCCCCGGAGCAUGCGCGAGAGCCGCCCCGGAGCCCCCAGCCGCCCCGCCCGCGGCGCCCAGCGCCCCGCCGCCAGCGCACCCCCGGACGCUAUGGCCCACCCCUCCGGCUGGCCCCGCGUGUAGGAUGGUAGCACACAACCAGGUGGCAGCCGACAAUGCAAUCUCCACGGCAGCAGAGACCCGACGGCGGCCAGAGCCUUCUUCCUCCUCCUCGCCCGCGGCCCCGGCGCGCCCGAGGCCCUGCCCCGCGGUCCCAGCCCCGGCCCCGGGCGAAACGCAUUUCCGCACGUUUCGCUCGCACGCCGAGUACCGGCGCAUCACCCGGGCCAGCGCGCUCCUCGACGCCUGUGGCUUCUAUUGGGGGCCCCUGAGCGUGCACGGGGCGCACGAGCGGCUGCGCGCCGAGCCCGUGGGCACCUUCCUGGUGCGUGACAGUCGCCAGCGGAACUGCUUCUUCGCCCUCAGCGUGAAGAUGGCCUCGGGCCCCACGAGCAUCCGUGUGCACUUCCAGGCCGGCCGCUUCCACCUGGACGGCAGCCGCGAGAGUUUCGACUGCCUCUUCGAGCUGCUGGAGCACUACGUGGCGGCGCCGCGCCGCAUGCUGGGGGCCCCGCUGCGCCAGCGCCGCGUGCGACCGCUGCAGGAGCUGUGUCGCCAGCGCAUCGUGGCCACCGUGGGCCGCGAGAACCUGGCGCGCAUCCCCCUCAACCCUGUUCUUCGUGAUUACAUGAGCUCCUUCCCCUUCCAGAUCUGACCGGCCGCGCAGGCAGCAUUAACUGGGGGGCCGUAUUAUUUUUUAUUAUUAAUUAUUAUUUCCCUGGAACCAUGUGGGUGCCCUCCCCGCCUGGGUUGGAGGGAGCCGGUGUGGGGGGGGCGAGGCGCCUCCCCCUCUCGGCUGGAGACGAGGCUGCAGACCCCUCCCCACCUCCUGGGGGCGUGUCCCCCUUCUGGUGCUCCCUCUGGGUCCCCCUGGUUGUAGUAGCAGCUUAACUUAACUAUCUGGGGCCAGGACCUGAACUUGUACCUCCUACCUCUUCAUGUUUACAUAUACCCAGUAUCUUUGCACAAACCAGGGGUUGGGGGAGGGUCUCUGGCUUUAUUUUUCUGCUAUGCAGAAUCCUAUUUUAUAUUUUUUACAACCAGUUUAGGUAAUAAACUUUAUUAUGAAAGUUUUUUUUUU